AUGGCAACAGAUGAUGUGGAGGCCAUAGCUCUGAGCUUCAAGCGAAACUACAUCGAUAUUUACUCAAAUAGCUGGGGACCAGGUGACAUGGGUUUUGAAGUUAACGGCCCAGUAAAUUUGACACAGUCUGUGUUAGAGAAAGGGUCAAAUGCAAGUAUGUAGCAGGAAUACCCUCAACUUUAAACGGACUUGGGAGGAAAUUUUAAAAUUAUUUAGUGGAAAUCUACUUACGCUCUAUCAUAAAUGCUACAAUCUGAUUGGCUAUCUAUCUACAUGCACACUGUAUGUAUGUAUCUAGCUGAACCUUCACGCAUUUUGAUUCGUUCUUACUUAUGAUCUCUUGGAGGACAGACGCUCAAGUGAUGUCACCAUUAACAUAAUUUUUCUUUUUUAUCGUAUAUAACACAUAGCUUUCAUAUUGCCGUGGGUCUAUACAGCAAUGAAUCACAGUUGACGUCAAAAUGUAGUGAGAACAUCAGUGACACACUCGGCUGUACCUCCAGUCGUCUGCCACUUAUCUGUUCUUACCACAUUUUGACGUCAUCUGUGAUCUAUCGCUGAACAGACGCAAGGCAAUAUAGCCUAGAUAUAUAAAAAUAUGAAAGUUAUAUGCCAACGAUCCAUACUGAAAAUGUGUGAAACUCUUUUUAAACAGCUGUGUUAAUUUGAAGCUGGUUUACCUCACAUAGGGUCGCAACGGAAAAGGUUCAAUCUAUGUGUUUGCUGCUGGCAAUGGUGGACGCCUUUUUCAAGACUUUUGUGCAUACGAUGGUUAUGUUAACAACAUACACACAACACACAAUCGCCGUAACAGGUAUUAACCGCGAUGGUCCCAUUCCGGGCUAUGGCGAGCGCUGCGGUGGAAUCAUGGAAGUUACCUUCAGUAGGGACACCUUCAUGGAGGAGAGCAAUCCAGUGGUAGGUUAA